AUGAGACCGGUUGAAGCCUUUGACAUUGUCGUGUACGGCUCGACUUCCGGUGCCGUCGCCACAGCCAUCCAAGCAGCCCGUCUCAACCGAUCUGUGGCUCUUGUGUCCGCACACGACCACAUCGGUGGAAUUCAGAUCAAUGGACUGGGUGCCACGGAUAUUGAUAAUCAAGAUGAAUUCCAGAACAGCACAACCCUUGGCGGCCUGAACCUUGAGUUGCACGAGAGGAUCAGCAGACAUUACAACCGAUUAGGCCACUUGCAUGAGGUUGUAGCAAAGAAGCUCAAAGACCCUGAAGUACGGCGGUUCGAAUCCAAGGUUGCUGAAAAAAAUCGAAAGCCGUGGAAAAGGCAGGGAGCACUAUCAAAACCAUCGCUAAGGAACGGUGUAUCGGUAACGGGAAGAAUCUUCGUUGACGCUUCAUACGAAGGCGACCUACUAGCUGCAGUAGGCGUCUCAUGGGUGCGAGGCCGAGAACCCUCGUCUAAGUACAAUGAAUCACUGGCAGGAGUUCGGGAUGAAACUCUUAUCCGACAAAUUGAGGUCGAUAUUGACCCAUAUGUCACCCCUGGCGAUCCAUCAAGCGGACUUUUGUACGGUAUCUCGGACGAGCCAUUUGGCACUCCUGGGUCUGGCGACCUGCAUCUGCAAUCAUAUUCGUAUCGCCUGCCGAUCACGGACAAUCCAGAGAACCGAGUUCCCUUUACAAAACCCCAAGGUUAUAACCCAGCGCACUACGAGUUGCAUCGGCGAUUUCUAGCAGCUGGAGGACACGUGUACUGUCCAAGGCAAAGACUGCCGAACCAUAAGACCGACUUGAUUGGUUCUGAAGGUGCACUGUCGACAGAUCUUCUAGAGAUGACCCCGUGCCAGAUCCGGUGGCAGCCGCGUUCUGGCCCGACAGACACACAUAGCGUGCGUCGGAUACUACGUGACGGCAGAGUGCAUAACGAGGGCUUCAUCUUCAAGGACGGUCACAGGUGGCGCCCUUUUGGAGUUGCGUAA